AUGUCACGCUUCGCGGAAACGGCUCGGCGGUAUGGGCAGUGGUUCUAUGAGAUUCGCGCCACGCCUAAUAUCCUCGACGACGGCUAUCCAGAGGGCGAGGUUUUCGCAUUGGGGGGCGCCCAUUGGAGACAAGUGAGAAGCUUCGGACCAAUGCAAGACAACGAGGUCAUUGCCGAUCGCGUGAUGCUCAACCCGGAAUACGAUGCUGAGUUGUACGAGCAUUCUCAGCAUGCUACCAAUUGCUAUGUUAAUACGGAAGUUCCGAGGGCGCUACGGCGCCACGAAGAUGAUGGAAGUGAUAGCGAUAGCAGCUAUGACAGCGAUGACAGCAGCACGGCGGAGGACCGUGCAUAUCAAGCAGCACAAGAAUAUAUGGACAGCUGGGAGAUGCUAGAGCUGGUUGGGGAUUUGCCUCUCAACUUCACGGCAUAUGAGCCCAGGAACGAUAUCCCUGGCCCAAUGGCGGCGGCUGAUGAGGACGCUGUAGAGAUGGACGCCGCUCGCGAGAUCCAAUACUCCAUAGACACGGGCAUUCCAGAGCCAGACCCACCCCGCUUCGAUAUCCCCUUGCUGGGCGCUGGAUUCGAUAUUGGAGAAUGCUCAGUCCUAAGCUCUAGCCUCAAGAAACGCGGCACAACAAACGGACGACGACCCGAAGCGGAUGGCUGCUGCAAAGCAGCUGCGGCGCUGCGAAAGGGUACACUGCGAAAGAUGGCUCCCGACCACCCACAAGCGCAAUACGCGGACACUUGCAAAUUGGGCAAGUUGACCGUUAUCGUGCGACUGGGCACUUCCUUCUUUGGCGGAAGUGACGAUCGACUCUUCCUCGAAAUCGGCCGCAAUAAGAAGUUUGACGGCAGCCCGCACUUUCUCCUCGCAGAUAGUCCGGACCGGGGGGACCACAUCACAAAGGACAUUGAUCUUCAGGAUGCUUUCCCCAAAGACAGGGUUACUAUCAAGGAUAUCAAACACAUGAGGCUCGUUAGUCGUACGAGUGGUGGACACGUCAGCGCGGAUCACCUCGACCUUGAAGAUGUGACGUUGAAGGCAACGUGCGCCGGGUCGUCGCGUACCAUUCAGAUGUACAAAUAUUUAGAUCGAUGGUUCACUUACUGGGAGACUGACAUCAAGCCUGAAGACUGGGAGCCGUUUGGUUUCCCCAGGAAUCCCAGUGCCCGCCAAAAACAGUGCACCCACUUCAGCGAGCUCACGUUUGGCAUCCAGCUGGGCGACGGACCUCACGAUGGCACCCAGGACACGCUCGUUUUGGCUUUCAACGACGACCAGAGGCAUACCAUCGCAUCAGGCCCUGCGCGCAGAUUCCACGCAUGGCAGGAAAUCAAUAUGAAGAGAACCUUUAAUGCGAACAAAGUUCCGUUGAGCAACCUCACCAUGGUUCAAAUCUUCCAGGAGCAUGAGGGCGCCAGGCCUGACAACGAUCAUUGGAAGCUCCAGGGCAUCAAACUCAAGGGCCGAUGCGCCGGGUCGCUUAGUGAGCGCCUGCUCGAUAAGUUCCAGUCGGAAAAUAAGCAGUCGCCGAGGCCACAGGUGUCGUGGCUCAUCGGGAAGCCAUCCUGGACUGGCAGGAUCGACCCUGGAAAAGACUGGCAUCGGGUUCGGAAGACUCUGACAAAGCACGUCCAUGACGAAUUCUGAUGGUGUGGUGAUGGCAGUCAAACACAGAGGCGUGCGGGG